GUGCUCAGGUCAGAGAAGGAUGUGGAUGUAAGACUGAACAAAAGUGACCUGAGAGGGAAGGAGGAGACACAUGAGAGGAGUGAAAGACUGAGGUUGACCAUAGCACCUGUGUCUAUAGUCUAAAUAACCUUUUCAGUAAGUGUUUUUGCAACUUCCCCCAAACAUGGGAGCUACAUGGCGAUUUGCUCUUCUUCUCUGCAUUGUCCUGAUGUUGUCCAGAAGCCUCGCCAAUGAAGUCACAGGAUUCAAUGCUGGGACCACCUCGAGCCCCGGGCACCAGACGGACUCCGGUCAUGGGACUGGAGAAGAGGACAGUAGUCAUGGAGAGAGUGGACACGAAGGAGAGCCCAUCACUACUCUACCCAUCGUGAGCUGGAAGUGGCACCAUGUCUCCACUCCGUACAUCGUGGUCCUGUGGGUCCUGGUCAGCUGGCUCUGCAAAAUCGUGAUUGAGUCCAACCACCAUGUGACCAACAUCAUCCCUGAGAGCGCCCUGCUCAUCUGCUUCGGCUUCGUCCUGGGGGGGAUUAUUUGGGGUGCAGACGGGGUGCAGACCUUCACGCUGACCCCGAACGUGUUCUUCUUCUACCUGCUGCCUCAAAUCAUCCUGGACGCAGGCUACUCCAUGCCCAACAAGCUGUUCUUCAGCAACAUGGGGGCCAUCCUGAUCUACGCCGUCAUCGGGACCUGCUGGAACGCUGCCAGCUUGGGGCUGUCGCUGUGGGGGUGUCACAUGGGAGGAGCCAUGGGCGACCUGGACAUCGGCCUGCUGCAGUACCUUCUCUUCGGCAGUCUGAUCGCGGCCGUGGACCCCGUGGCCGUAAUCGCCGUGUUCGAGCAGGUCCACGUCAACGAGGUGCUCUUCAUCUUGGUGUUCGGAGAGUCGCUGCUCAACGACGGCGUGACCGUGGUGCUCUUUAAUGUCUUUGAUGCGUUUGUGUCGCUGGGAGGACCACAAAUUGAUGCAGUGGAGAUCAUUAAAGGAAUAAUUUCCUUCUUCGUGGUGGCGUUUGGAGGUUCUCUCGUUGGCUUUGUGUUCGGCCUGCUGAUCUCUUUUCUGACCAGAGGCACCAAAAACAUCCAGAUCAUCGAGCCUGGCUUCGUCUUCGUGUUGGGAUACCUCUCCUACCUGACCGCGGAGAUGCUGUCCCUGUCGGCCAUCCUUUCGAUCGUCUUCUGUGGCAUGUGCUGUCAGAAGUACAUCAAUACGAACAUGGACGAGCGGUCCGUCACCACAGUCAGAUAUGUGAUGAAGGUGUUAGCCAACGGAUCAGAAACCAUCAUCUUUGUAUUCCUCGGCAUCUCGGCCAUUGAUAAGACAAUCUGGGUGUGGAACACGGGCUUCAUCCUGCUCACGCUCUUCUUCAUCUUCAUUUACAGAUUCAUCGGGGUCUUUGUCCUCACCUGGAUCCUGAACAGGUACCGACUGGUCCGCGUGGAGUUCAUAGAUCAGCUGAUCAUGAGCUACGGUGGCCUGCGAGGCGCUGUCGCAUACGGCCUGGCUACGAUGCUAGAUGAGGCCAAGAUAAAGGAGAAGAAUCUGAUGGUCUGCACUUCUCUAAUCGUCGUGUACUUCACUGUAAUUCUUCAGGGAAUAACAAUGAAGCCUCUGGUCAACUGGCUUAAAGUAAAGAGGGCUGCAGUGACUGACAUCACACUCGUAGAAAAGCUCCAAAACAAGGUGUUCGAUCACAUGCUUGUCGCAAUAGAAGAUAUCUCUGGACAAAUAGGACAUAACUACAUGAGGGACAAGUGGAAUCACUUUGAGGAAAAGUGGAUGUCGAGGAUUUUGAUGAAGCCGUCGGCGAGGAAGAGCCGCGACUACGUCUUCAACGUCUUCCAUCAGCUGAACCUCAAGGAUGCUAUGAGCUACGUGGAGGAGGGUGAACGUCGAGGCUCUCUGGAGUUUAUCCGCAAUGAAACUGCCAUCAUCGACUUCAAGAAGAAGUUUGGUGAUGACUUCUCAGAUGUCAUGCCUGACAUCACAGCGGACACGUCAGACGAUCACGGUGCAAUGUCUCCUAUGAGAAGAGACCCUGUGCCAUCGAUAAGCCUGGAAAUGCACGAGCAGACCAUGAACGGUAUGAGGGAGUCAGAGGACAUCAACACUCACCACCUGCUGCAGCAGCACCUGUACAAGGGCAGGAAGCAGCACCGCCACAGAUACAGCCGGAGUCACUUCAACACCAACAAAGAUGAGAAUGAGGUGCAGGAGAUCUUCCAGAGGACCAUGAGGAGCCGUUUGGAGUCCUUUAAGUCCACGAAGAUGGGCGUCGCUCCACCAAAGGCGAUAUCCAAGUACCCAAAGAAAGACCAGCAGCAGAAGAUGCCAAAUGGAAAAUCAAGGGACAAAAGUAAAACCAACUAUUCUGGUGAUGAAGAUUUUGAGUUCUCAGAGGGAGACAACGCCUCUGGCUACGAAGCUUCAGGCCAUUCAUUCCCAAUGAGGGUCACCUACAGGGCAGGAGCUGGAAUAGAGAACCCGGCCUUCAUACCGGACCUGGACCCCCUGGCCCCGGUGCAGACCCCCCCCUGGCUGUUGGAGUCGGAGCUGGACAGCAGCAGGGUGGCCCCCUCGCUGCGGGCUCAGGUCCGGCUGCCGCGGGGGCCCAGCGACCUGCGCCGCCUGGCCCCUCCGCGCAUCAGCACCCGCUCAGACAACUCCUUCCUGCAGGCCGACGUUCCUCUCACGCCUCCACCCCCAGCCACGCCCCCCCCACCACCAUACUAUUAUGAUGGCUCCAUGUAGCAGCCUCCAGGAGACUCAGAACCUGACCUCAGACUUUGCACCGUCUACUCUCAAAUAUUGACUAGGGAAUGUUUUAUUUUCCGGCCAGAUGCUUAAUCUCACUCCUGAGUGUUUAUACGAAACAUUCACAGUCCCACAACCUUUGUGCCCCCCCCCCCCUCAGCCCCUCAGCUCCUCAGCUCCUCCUGUUGCUCUAACUUCACCGUCCACUGAGCAAAGGGAAACUGCCUGUAAAGCACAGACCCCGUAUGCACUGUGGUUAUUCAGCAGCACUUCGUAAAUCAGUCCCUAUGGAGUAUCUUAUCCGUGAAUGUGAUGUAGAAACCUUUUUUUAAGAAUAUAGAUAUUUAUAAAUUGUGUGUUUAUAAAGUGAUCAUUUCAUUAGAGGGAAAUUAAGGAAAUUCCAGCUCUAUCAUUUAAAAUGUAGUGUUUUUUCCAAUUUAUCUCAGAUCUACGGAAGUCCUAAACGGCCAUGGUUCAAAAAUUGUAUUUCCUUCGUUUUUUCUACAAUCAUGAAUUCAUUUCAUUGUUCUCUCACAAGUUAUUCAUGUCAUUAUCUGGAAAUAAAAAAAAUAGUUUUAUCAAAAUAAUAGGAUCAUUUGCAAAAAGAUAUCGAGAUAACAAUAACUUUCUCGAGAACGAAAGAAAUACGUUUAAUGCUACACAACAUAUCUCGUUAUCUGGGGAAAACAUUUGUUUUUUGGGGAAAUUAACAUAAAUAACUUUCAAACUUGGGAAUACAAUUUAUUGAAUUUGUUAUUACAGGAAAACAUGGUUUAUAAAAUGUUUGAAGAUGGCUGUUUAGGGCUUCCAUACAGAACAGUGCCUGAGGUUGAACUUGAAUAACACCAUUGUAAAAAUGUCACAUGUAUGAUAAAGACAUAUUAUAUUUAUUCACACAUCUGUGCCUAAGCAAACUGACAAAUACUGUAUAUUAUAUAUUCCUCCAGCACAGAAAACUUUUACUGACUACUUUGAAUUGAAUGCAUUUUAACUAUAGAUUUGAAAAAAUUAAAAUCAAAUAUUUGUAUAGUCAAA